UUGGCCUUGUUCCUGUCAACCUCCCUAUUCAAGGCGAACCCCACGGCGAACUAGCGAAGUCGAGCUUGACACAAGCCCACCCAACUGCGACGACCCUGGAAUAUUUCCUGCCAACUACACCGUGCACCCAUACAGCUUUUAGUCGAGUCCGAUAUCGAGUUUCUCCAUCAUGGGCAACACUACCAGUACGGUGUUGGACAACAUCGUCCAGGGGUCCAACUUCGACAGAGAGGAAGUUGACCGUCUGAGGAAACGUUUCAUGAAGCUGGAUAAGGACAAUUCCGGCACAAUCGAGCGCGAUGAGUUCCUCAGCCUGCCCCAGAUUUCCUCCAACCCGCUAGCCACGAGAAUGAUUGCGAUCUUUGACGAGGAUGGUGGCGGAGACGUCGACUUCCAGGAAUUCGUAUCAGGCCUCAGCGCCUUUUCUAGCAAGGGCAACAAGGAGCAAAAGCUGCGCUUCGCCUUCAAGGUGUACGAUAUCGAUCGCGACGGUUACAUCAGCAAUGGCGAGCUCUUCAUUGUGCUCAAGAUGAUGGUUGGAAGCAACCUUAAGGACCAGCAGCUGCAACAGAUCGUCGACAAGACCAUCAUGGAGGCCGACUUGGAUAAGGAUGGCAAGAUCAGCUUUGAGGAGUUCACCAAGAUGGUGGAGAACACGGACGUCAGCAUGAGCAUGACUUUGGACACGUUUUAGAGUUGAACACGGCGGUGGGCGAGCACAUCAGGAUCAUGAGACAUGAAUUGCAACAAUCAUUAUUCGAGGUAGAGAUAAACGAUCCCCCGGAGCGACAUCACGGUCGUCAAAUGUGCCUGGAUUACAAUAUCCGGGUUUAAAACAGCGUUUCUUUGUCUGCUGCGUCCAACUAUGCUAGUCUAUUGAAACAUGAUGACAGCCAGUGGUUUUGAUGUUUGGAUGACGCUUGGAAACACACACAAAGGCCUGAGUUGUGGCCGAAAACGAUGUGCAUGCAUUAUGGAGCUUUCAAGCAAACCAGGCGGUUGUGAUCGUAUCGCAGUUAGCUAGGUGCCACGAAACACUGCUGCUGCUUAUGCGGCAACAUACUCAGUGCUAGGAUUUCUAUCUUUUGUCUUUUGUCGGACCGGUGUAGGCGCAUCAGCCCCUGUAACCGUAUAUUCGUGGCACGUUCCUUAAACCUCUCAGUUGUUCUGCGAAGAACUGAAUCGCGAUAAGUCCAAGGCUAUCGUGAUUGGAUUCCUUCCUUCAGUUGGCCCUUUAGUUGAAGCCAAGGGGGUUGUUUCCGUACUCCAAAGCUAGCCGCGGGCGGGACUGAUGGAAAGUUGAAAGGACCAUUAGACGUAGUGCCCCGCU